UCCUAACAAGUGGUAUCAGAGCGAUAUUAAGGACAUUGAGAGGAGUCUACAGAAGUUUGAAGACCCUUCUAGACCCACCAUGGCCUGAGAAGAUGAAUGAGAGAGGAGGAGAUGCUAAUGGAAGAGGAGCUGUACCUGAGAAGACAAGUGAGCCGCCGCCAUCAAAGGUUGAAGCUUUGGAUGGCUCCAACUAUGAGGAAUGGAGCGGACGGAUGAGGAGUGCCUUCAAACGCUACAAGCUACUGAAGAUUGCUGUUGGGGAAGAGAAGAUGCCGGAAGAAGGCGAAGCACGUGAACGCUGCCGUGCUAAGCUUGGGAAGAAGGUGCUAUGGAGUCUGGAAGAGGAGACCAGUUGCAUCAAGGACCUGGCUCAAAUUUGAAGGGUGUUUCACCCUGAUUACCCUUGCCAGCGGCCGCUUUUUCAGGAUUACCCUGAUUUUGUAAGGCCAAUUUUUCUCUGACCCUUUCUCAG